CGCUUCCGCUUUUUCCCUUUCAUUCAACAUGGCGGGUGAUGAGUCUGGAACGACGCUCGGUCAGCCUCAUCUGGCCAAACAGGACCUCUCUUCUCUGGAUGUGGCGACGCUGACGCCGCUAUCCCCGGAGAUCAUCAGCAGACAGGCCACCAUCAAUAUCGGGACUAUCGGUCAUGUGGCACAUGGAAAGUCCACAGUGGUGAAGGCCAUUUCUGGUGUCCACACCGUUAGGUUCAAGAAUGAGCUGGAGAGGAACAUUACCAUCAAGCUAGGCUAUGCUAAUGCUAAGAUCUAUAAACUGGACGACCCCAGCUGUCCCAGACCCGAGUGCUACAGGUCGUGUGGCAGCAGCACGCCUGAUGAGUUUCCCACAGACCUCCCCGGAACCAAAGGCAACUUCGCGCUGGUCAGACACGUGUCUUUUGUUGACUGUCCCGGUCACGACAUUUUGAUGGCGACCAUGUUGAAUGGUGCCGCUGUCAUGGACGCAGCCCUCCUGCUGAUCGCUGGGAACGAGUCAUGUCCUCAGCCACAGACGUCGGAGCAUCUGGCCGCCAUUGAGAUCAUGAAGCUGAAACACAUCCUGAUUUUGCAAAACAAGAUCGACCUGGUGAAGGAGAGCCAGGCCAAGGAGCAGUAUGAGCAGAUCCUUGCCUUCGUUCAGGGCACUGUGGCAGAGGGUGCACCCAUCAUCCCGAUCUCUGCCCAGCUGAAGUACAACAUCGAGGUGGUGUGUGAGUACAUCGUCAACAAGAUCCCAGUGCCGUUGAGAGACUUCACAUCCGAGCCCAGACUCAUCGUCAUCAGAUCAUUUGACGUGAACAAACCCGGCUGUGAGGUGGACGACCUGAAAGGGGGCGUGGCCGGAGGAAGCAUCCUAAAGGGGGUGCUCAAGGUGGGUCAGGAGCUGGAGGUGCGGCCUGGAAUCGUGUCCAAAGACCAAGAAGGAAAGCUCAUGUGCAAACCCAUCUUCUCCAAGAUCGUGUCUCUGUUCGCUGAGCACAACGACCUGCAGUACGCUGCCCCCGGAGGCCUCAUUGGUGUUGGUACUAAGAUCGACCCGACACUGUGCCGGGCGGAUCGGAUGGUUGGUCAGGUUCUCGGAGCCGUCGGAGCGCUGCCAGAGAUCUUCACUGAGCUGGAAAUCUCCUAUUUCCUGCUGCGGAGGCUGCUGGGAGUCCGCACAGAGGGAGACAAGAAGGCUGCCAAGGUCCAGAAGCUGUCCAAGAAUGAAGUGUUGAUGGUGAACAUCGGCUCGCUGUCGACGGGCGGCCGCGUCAGCGCCGUCAAAGCUGAUCUGGCUAAGAUCGUCCUCACCAACCCUGUGUGCACAGAAGUCGGUGAGAAGAUCGCUCUGAGUCGCCGUGUAGAGAAACACUGGCGUUUGAUUGGCUGGGGUCAGAUCAGGAGGGGCGUGACCAUCACACCCACUGUCGAUGAUGACUGAGACCAACAAAGCAG